AUGAGCGGACUCAGGAACGAAUUCCAGCCCGUCAUGGCUGACGAUACUUCUCGAGCUUCCCGCCUUAAUGGCUCUCAACUCAAUGGAGAACGUCGAGAAUCCGGACCUUUGAAGGAGAUCAUUGCUCAGCAGGACAGUCUCUACAAGUACAUCAGCUGGGAGGAUCCAGCUCGAACCAUCGGAUCGUACUUUGCUGCUCUCGGCUUCCUUCUCGCUGUCCACCAUCUCCACCUCACUCAGCUCGCACUCAAGACUAGCGCCAUUGGACUCGGAGUCAUGUCUCUGGCUGAGUUUGCCGGUCGCUCUUUCGGUCCCAACAACUUCGUUUCUCGCAUGCGACCCCGACAGUACAAGACCGUCCCUGAAUCGACCCUCAAUGCUACUCUCAAGGAUGUUCACGACUUGACUCAAUAUGCUGUUGUACAGGCUCAAAAGGUCAUCUUCGCUGAAGACCUCGAGAAGACCUUCGCUGCCUUCAUGAUCACAACCUCUCUCUACUUCCUCGUCCAGUUCAUGACUCCCUUCGGAAUCGCGAUCUUGGCUCUCACAACCGUCUACAUCAUCCCUCUUGUCACAUCUCCCCGAGGCCGAGCUAUCGCAAGCGAUGGAAUGGCACGCGCCCAGGAAAUCAGCACCGCGGCCGUCGACCAGGCCAGCACCAUGGCCCAGGAUAGCAAGGUUGCCAUGUCCAACAUGGCUUCUCGAGCCCAGGAAUCUGCUUCUAACAUGACUUCCAAUGCUCAAUCCACCGCUACCAACCUUACCUCUAGUGCCCAGGAUACUGCCAACAACCUACGACAGCGAGCUGGUAACAUGAUGCCUGGUAUGAUGCAGAGCAACACCGAGUCUCGACCUACGAAUGUCAGCGACGUCACUUCCAGUGUUCCUCACAGCUCUUCUGGUCCCACACAAGCCAAGGAUAUCUCGUCCAAGUACCCCAAGGAUGAUAUGUCGUUCCAGGAAUCCAGGGACAAGGCUGCUAAGGCUGAUCGUGAUAUGGCCCACAGCUUCGACAAGUCGCCCAAGUCUAGCUUCAGCACUUCCGACAACUCCAGCAGGGGCUUCUCCCAGUCCGCCGUCCAGGGUUUCCCUUCCCCUGCCAGCGACCCAGCAUUCGGCCAUGUCUCCCACGGUCCCUCCGAUGACUUCGGUGCCGUGCCCAGCAGCUCUUCCAAGUCUCCCACCAACCUUACCAGCAACGUCUCCAACAUUCCAUCUUUCACCGCUACUGGCUCCAACAUCCCCUCAGGUAACAACCAGGAUAUGCCCAGCUAUGCCCAACACAGAAGGUCUGUCAACUACUCCGAGUUCCCCCACACUGGCGGUUCUGACUCUGGGCUGCAAUCUAGCUCCAACCAAGCUCCCAUUGGCAAGCGCCCCUCCAUUGAUGAUGGCAACUACACUACCCAGAACAAGAUGGGACAGGGUUCUGAUUAUCAGCAUUUCGUGCCGCGCGAGGCUCCUAACAGAGGUGGGCUCGCUACCACCGACACUGCGUCCAUGGGCAAGAUGCCUCUUGGCGAGUUGAUGGAAGAGAAGAACCAGGCUGGAGAGAAGGCUCCACCUCUGUCUGCUGGUGGUCUCAACGCUAUGAAGUAG